AUCUGAAAAGCUUUGGGAUUUUCUUAACCGUGUUUUACAAGCGGAACUAAUGGUAUAACACUAAAGUUCCCCCACGGAACGUUUAUUUUGUAGUACAUGCUAAAUGCUGCUAGCGGAAGAAAAAUAUAGAAAUCUUAUUCACCAUGGCCGAGACCCACAGCUUGCAGGACAUGAGGCAGCAGGCAGCCAUCGCUGCCAAAGUCUUCCUUCAGAGAGAUUACACCAACGGCACCGUGUGCCAGUUCCAGACCAAGUUCCCGUCUGAGCUGGAGAACCGGAUUGACAAGCAACAGUUUGAGGAGACGGUGCGGACGCUGAAUAACCUGUAUGCUGAAGCAGAAAAGCUUGGAAGCCAGUCGUAUAUUGAAGGCUGUCUGGCCUGCCUCACAGCAUACACCAUCUUCCUCUGUAUGGAGACUCACUAUGAGAAGGUUCUGAAGAAGAUCGCAAAGUACAUCCAGGAGCAGAACGACAAGAUUUACGCACCACGAGGCCUCCUGCUGACCGAUCCCAUCGAGAGAGGCCUGAGAGUCAUUGAGGUUACCAUCUUUGAAGACAGAAGCCUCACAAGAUAAAAGCUGCCAUGCAGCUGUUUGGCUCAGCAGAGCUACAAGGUCCACAGCAGCCCAGCACCAGUCCCCCCUCCCCGAGGACCCCAGACCUGCACCGUAAUACUGCGUCUCUACAAUCUACCAUUCCACUAAGAGUCAUGUGCAUGUCCUUUGUGACCGAGGUCAUUCAUUCAACCAUUAUGUGUUUCCUCCUGCAUUAACCCUUUGAUGCUCAACAUAUAAACACCUUCUAAUGCACAACGUGGGUCCAAAAUGACCUGCAUUCAUUCCCCAUGUUAUUUCAGGCUGCCUGUGUGUUUGAAUAACUUUUUUUUAUUACAUAAGAUCAUUAUAUCCAUUUUUCCUUUCAUACUUUAUGAAGACAAAUUGUUUUUAUAUUAUUAUUUUAUAUUAUUAUAUCACGUUUACACACAUGGGUCAAAAAUGACCUUGUGCAUCAGAAGCGUAGUGAUUAAAAAAAGUUUUUUUAUUCAAAAAUUAAGAAAUUAAAGCAAAAAAAUGAAUGUGUAUGGUGAUCAAAAACAACUUAAUCGAGGAAAACCUGGGAUUCUGAAUGAUGAAAUUAAUUUAUUGCAAAGAUAUAGAAUAUAAAAACUGAGUCGGGUCACUUUAGACCAUGUUGUGCAUCAAAGGGUUAACAGGUUAAAGCCUGUUAUUUGCUUGUAUUUGGUUGAAGAAAACUAACUCACACAUUCUUCAAACCACAAGGUAUUUAUCCUUUAUUUUGGACUAAAAGCAACUUUAUGAACUUUUGUAUAGUUCUUUUUUGGACACU